GGUAGCCGACCGUGACAUAGAAAGAGAGAUAUUGGCGCCCCUCUCUCUUUCUUUCUCCGCCAACGGCGCCACAGCAUUGUUCGCUGCCUUCCUCCGUCCCAUUCUUUUCUCUUCCAAUCUUUUUCCGAUCUGCAUUUGCCAUUCUCUUUAGAUGCCGGUUUUCUCUCAGUCCUCGCCCUGCUGCACCGCCGCGGCGGUGGCGGCAAUUAACUCGUCGGACCGGAAGACGAAAUUCGGCUCAGCUGCAUGGAGGAAUUGCAAGGUCACAUCUCCACUUCUUCGUCUCUCCGAGAAUGACAAAUUCAACAUUUCUCGGUUAGCUCUUGGCCACUCUAGGCGGGGAGUUAAAGGCCAGACCAUAUCAAUGGCAUUAGUGGGUAACACUGUUGGGAAAAAAGGGGAGGUGGCCACCUCCUCUAGCAUCUUGGCAUAUGAUUUGAUUCAGGGGGAACUUGUGAGAUGGAGUUCUGUUAUGGACAGAUCUUUACCUGAUCCACCAACAGCUGUUUUUCUGCAUGGGAUCCUAGGAUGCAGGAAAAACUGGGGAAGUUUUGCUAGGAGAUUGGCUCUAGAGUUUCCUACAUGGCAGUUCCUUUUAGUAGACCUACGAUGUCACGGUGAUUCAGCAUCAAUGAAGAAGAGAGGUCCCCAUACUGUAGCAUCUGCUGCUAGUGACGUUCUAAAACUAUGCUAUUUGAAGGCUUGGGUUCUGGAUGCAACGCCUGGAAAAGUUCGAGCUGGUGGAGAUGGAGAAGAUCAUCCAGCAGAACUUAUAUCCUUUCUAAGCACAAUGCCCAAGGAGAUAUCAACAAAGCAGGAAGUUGUACGAGCUCUUAUCCAACAAGGAUUUUCCAAUGAUGUGGCACAGUGGGUUGUGACUAACCUGCGACCUUCCAGCUCUUGUGGUUCACAAUCGUCUAGCUUCGCAUGGGUGUUUGACCUAAGGGGGAUUGCAGAAAUGUAUCAAUCCUAUGAAGAAACAAAUUUGUGGAAAAUUGUUGAAGACGUACCUCGUGGAGUGCAUAUGAACUUUUUGAAAGCAGAAAGAAGCUUGCAUAGAUGGGCUCUUGAAGAUCUUCGGCGGAUCCAGGCGGCUGAAGAGCUUGCAGCUGAGGAAGGAGGUGGAGUUGAAAUGCACGUCCUUGAAGAUGCUGGCCACUGGGUGCAUGCUGAUAACCCGGACGGACUCUUCAAGAUACUGUCAUCAUCUUUCCAGGGAGGCAAGACCUGAGUUUGCAAAUGUCUACUAGAUGGGAUUUUCCCUUCGAAGUUUGACGCCAUUCCUUCCCAUUUUCUUUCUCUAGUUAUCCCUUUUGUAUAUGCUAUUUUAUUUUUUUCACUGUAAUAAUUUUUAUCGUUAUCCUAUUCAUUAAAUCUCCUCCUCCCCAAGUUUUUUGUCAUCUGCAAGGAACGUUGAUGUCUAAUUGUACGUACACAAUCGUUGCUUUGUCCGCAGGUAAUUCUCCACUACUUAAAUAUCAUCACAUUCCUUUAUGUGUUUUUA